GGUCUACUUCCGGGUCACGGCUACAAUCGUGGACCACUUAGCCUAAGAUGCUACUGUGCUCAGCGACGUAAAAAGAGCCAAUUUACUCUCCAAUUAUCAUCCGGAGUAUUUCGGUUGGAUAUGACCGAGCCUCGCAAUCCGGGGAUGUCAUCCCUCCCCGCCGUCGCCGCCAUGCAACCCUCCGACAGCCCCUGUGCUGUCGACAUUGACCCGGUGGAGUACACGCUCCGAAAGCGACUCCCCCGUAAACUGCCCAAGAGGCGCAAUGACGUGUACGUCAACAUGAAGACGGAUUUCCGGGCGCAGCUCGCCCGCUGCCAGAAGCUACUGGACGGCGGCAGCGGCCACCGGGAGAUCUGCGUGCACGGUCUGGGACUGGCCAUCAACCGGGCCAUUAACAUCGCGCUGCAGCUGCAGGCCAGCAGCCAGGGGGCGCUGCAGCUGGCCGCCAACACAUCCACGGUGGAGCUGGUUGACGACCUGGAACCGGAGGACCCCGACGAGGCCGCCGAGCCCCUGACGCGAACGCGCAACAAUUCGGCCAUCCACAUCAAGGUUUUUUACCCUGAUCCCUUGUGAAGAACCAAGAAGCAGUUGGAAGACUUCUCCCGAGUUGCAUGCAUGUGCGUCAAACAUUUAUUUAUUUGGAGGACUGAAUCUGUUUUGUACAGAAACGUUCAACUGCCACAUCUAGGCAAAAAUAAGUUGAAUAUGUUAAAACGUGAUAGGUUUCACGCCAUGACUUCCACGAAGCUAUUUCUGCUCAGUUCGUUGUGUCUUAUAAAGCAAAAUUAAAACGUGAGACUUGGGUAAUUUUUUUUUU